UUACAUGACCAUGUUCUGAAAACGAGAGAGAAGAAAUGGCCGACAUCGAUUAGAGUUUUUCUCGACUCGGUAGAGUGCUGUAAAUGUAUCUAACAUGGUGAUCAUCGGUCGGAUUUUAGUCUUCUUUGGUUUGGCUGCUAUAUUACACGCCGGAUAUUCAGCAGUUCAAUGUCGGACUUACUACAAGCUGCUAGAAGAAGAAUUUCCUGGUCUUCCUCCUGAUGUGUGUAUUCAGUGCAUCAUAGGAUUGUUAAUAGGAUGCUUCGGUGUGGCUAGAAUGGCUGGUGAAUUUAAAGAAAUCCGAGCUGCAGCAGAAAUGGCAAACAAGAGCUGGGAAUCCCUUGGCAACCGACCAUCUUUCUACACUUAUAGUCACAGGGGAAAGAUGUUAUUUAUGAACAACGAAGUGUCCUGACUUUUUUCAUCAUGGCUGGCCAGCAAAGACUCUCGACUGUUAAAAUGUGGAAUACAACGAUAUUGAAUAUUGAAGACCAUGUGAAAUAUUAUUUGAUCAAAUUGCAGCAACAACUAACCUGGGCUUCUUGUCUCUGUUAGAGACUGAACAUCUAAGUUUUGUUCUUAAAGGAGCUACAUCACAUAAAUUUUCAAGUUUGUCAUUUGUGAUCCAUGGUAAUCUUCUCCAACCUUAACCAUCCUUGUUCCUUUAUGGUUUAUUAUUAUCUUUUUGGUGUUUUUCCAUCUUGGUACUUAAACUACUACUGACAGCGUAUUUCCAGGUUGCCUUCAGUUUAAAUGUUAUUUUCUACAACUGACCAAAUUACUGAGCUCCUUUAAGCCGAUACCCCAGGAGGCCAGUGAAGAGGGAAGGGCUGGGGGUAAUCUGAUGGAAAAUUGUUAGUCCUAAAAGAUACCAGGAUCUUUUAGCUCAUUUGUACUUUUUAAUUAAAACAGCUAACGAGUUAUCAUA